UAUUGAGGCAAGUUCAUCGACUAAGGUUGUGGAUUGCAUUUUGGAACUUAAAGCAUACCACGAGUGGAAGCAAAUGACUGGAGGCGUCGGAUGUUAUAAGCCUCUAAGGUCUCCUCUCUUGACCCCUUCAACAGGAAGGAUUCAAGAACAAACACAUGUGACAAUCAAUUCUGAUAGUCACAGGCGAUUGGAAAUGUCGGCUAGCUUUCCAAAACAAUCACCGACAGAUGAAGAAAUUAAGAAACUUGAAGGCAUGAUUGUCAAGGCUACAGCUGAAAAAAUGGUGGACAUGAAGGAAAACAUGGGCUCUUUUCAGAAUGGGAAUACGAACCAAGUUGAAUUGUUCAGUAGGAUCUUCUCUAGCAGCUUAGAGGAACAACUUCAAAACAAGUCCCCUAAGUUUAAAUCAGAUUCGUUAAGAGAGAUGAGCUGCUCAGAAGACAACUCCGCAUGCUUUCCCCUCCAAAAUAUAUCUAAUCUUAGGAACCGCGAGGACAAGGUAAGCUUCAUUUACUUUUAAUCAUUUUUCCACAUUUGUGAACCUAAGGCAGUCAAUUUGUCAAGCUUACUAUCGUCAAACUCUAUACAUGCUUUACUUUUCUUGAUACGAGAACAACAACAACAUACCCAGUCACAAAAGAAGACAACAAAAAGGGAUAACACACUACUGGCUAAUACAGAAAAAAAGACAACCACAAGAGAAUACUAUAA